UUUGCUGGGGUCAAGGCCGCUGGGGGCUGAGGAGAGGCUGGUGGCCCAGCGGAGGGCCAGGGGAGGGUGGCUUCUACGUUCCUGGGACAUUCCCUGACACUAUCCCGUGGCCCCGGCGGGGGGCCAGCUGUCCCCGCCAGCCCGACUCAGCACUUGGUCGGGGGACCAGCUUGGUGGUGACGGGGGUUGGGGGGGGUCUGGGCCCAGACCCUGGGGCGGCCCAUACAAGGCCAUGGGGAUGGGCGCAAGGCAUGCCUGGGUUCCGGGUGGGCACGAUGCCUGGGCGGUGAGGUGAGAGGCUCAGCUGCCUUCCAGCCCUGUCCCGGGGGGCAGCCCCUCCCAGCCAAUAGCACAGCCCGGGCUCCCCCCUAUAUAAGGCCAGGGCUGUGGGCCUUUCCUUCGGGUCAGUGUUGCCUCCAGGACACAGACAGCCCCUGUCAGCACAUCCCAGCCAGGUACUGCCUGGGGUGGGAUUUGGGGUGGGGUCCAGAGUGGGGUCCUCCUCUGGAAUCAGAGUCCAAGCUGGCUCUGGAAGGGGUCUUACGUGUCCUCCCCCAUGUCCUCCUGCACACAGGCGGGUCAGUGUGUGGCAAGGUGGACCUUGUGUCAGAGAGUCCCCUCCACCUGUGAGCCCCUGACUCCCGGUGUAACUUGUGAUCUCUGUGGCACAGGGUCCUGGGGAGGGUUUCCAGAAUGGGAAGGAGUCUUGACAGCUGCCAGCUGUCACCUCCUGCAAGGGGCUUGGGCCAGGCCUUGUUCAUGAUGGUUUUUCACCAGAACUGGGUACCAUAAACUGUGGGAGGUGUCUGUGUGUCACCUGUCAGGGUCUCUGCGACGGCAGGGACUGUGGGGUCUUUGCGUUGGUGACCUCGUGGGUCCCUAUGGCGUUCCACACAGUGUGACCUUGUGUCUAACUUUCCGUGGCUCCUGCAUGAGUACCUGUAUCCUGGGUGUGUCCCUGAGCUUGGAUGUGUGCGAGUAUGGGUCCGUGUACGGUGUGAUCUGGGGGGUCCGUGGUGACGUGUGUGUGCGGGGCUCUGGGGCUAUGACUGCUGGUGUCUCUUGGGCUCACCAGCCUUGCUUCUGUGCCUUCUCCUGGCCUGUCCCUAGCAGGGUUGGGGGUGGGGACAUGCUCUGAAGGGGGCUUUCUGGGUGGAAAGCCCUUGAGCCCCCAGCCUGAAUGCAUAUCCUCCUGGCCACCCUGGCCCACCUGUCUCUGGCCUGCUGACUUGGUGCAAGCCGAGACCCUGGAAUGCGGGGGGUGGCGGUGGGGAAGGAGGAGUUUGCCAAACUCUAAAAAUAAAUCCCCAGCCCUGGACAUCAAGUCCAAAGGCUUUCGUGGGUUUCCAUCCCCCUUGGCCUGAUGCCUCGGCCUUCCCCUCACCCUGGUCCCCGUCUCCUUCCCACCAUCCUACCCGCUUCCCAUUCCUGGGGCUGGGAAUGAGUAUCCCAUCCCUACCACCACCACCAAGGGGUCCCUCCUCCUGGGUCUUGUGGAUAACAGUAAUAAUAGCAAUGAUAGCAGCCACCCCUCUAGGUAUCAGGCCCCAACUCCACGCUGGGGCCUGUGCUCAACCAGCCACACGCUUGAGCUCAAAGAAUCCUCCCGGCACCCCGAUGGGGAGCGUUCGGUUCAAAGAGGACAGAGGCUCAGAGAGGCUGAGUAACUGGCCUGGGGUCACACAGCCCGGAAAUGGCAUAGACGGGAUUUGAACCCGGUUCUGUCAAACUCAGAGGCUGAGCUGUUCUUCUACUGUGCCCUGCAGGAGAGGUGUCAGCAAACAGAGGUGGGGGCAGGCACCCAGCCAUCACUCCCACCCUGCCCCUCAUCCCUCGACUGAGCACCCAAGAAGUUUUAUGGAGAGAAUGUCCCUUUUCUGCUCACACACUCAUUGCCAGCAACACCCUCCAUCUUCUCACCAGCUCCUCACAGUUUAAAAUAACAACAACAACAAUAAUAAUAGCUGAGCAAAAAAGUGAUUAUUGUGUUCCAGGCACUAUUCCAAGUGCUUUACAUAAGUAACUCACUUCAUCCUUCCAACACCUCCGUGAGGUGAAUGCUAUUAUACCCGCAUUUUACAGGUGAGUACUUUCAGGCACAGAGAGGUUAAGCAACUCACCCAAGGUCACACAGCUUGUUGUAAGUGGCAGAGCUGGCAUUCAAAGCCAGGCUGUCUGAGUCUAGAACCUACACUCUUACCCAUGCCAUGAUGACUACUCUGGCUUGAGGGGUUCCCCCCUCCAUUUUCCAGCUGGAGAAACUGAGUCUCUAGCAAGGUUACUAGUCUAAGGUCACCUGCCAGGAUGCGGUGGAGCUAAGAUCCUAACACAAAACUCUUGAUACAUCCUGUCGAGAUGCAGGGGCUCAGAGAGGGGAUCCCUCUGGCUCCAAGUCACACAGCACAGGAGUCAGGACUGACCCUCAGGCCUGCCUGACCCCAGAGCCCGGCUCUGUUCUUUGGCUGGUCUCUACUGGAUGUGAGCUAACCUUCCCCUCCGGCCCAGCCCACCAGGUCCCCCACGCCGCCACCAUGCCGUUCAGUAACACCCACAACAAACACAAGCUGAACUUCAAGUCUGAGGAGGAAUACCCAGACCUCAGCAAACAUAACAACCACAUGGCCAAGGUACUGAACCCCGAGCUCUACAAGAAGCUGCGGGACAAGGAGACGCCCUCUGGCUUCACUCUGGACGACGUCAUCCAGACAGGUGUGGACAACCCAGGUCACCCCUUCAUCAUGACCGUGGGCUGUGUGGCUGGUGACGAGGAGUCCUACAUGGUUUUCAAGGACCUCUUUGACCCCAUCAUCCAGGACCGGCACGGGGGCUACAAACCCACCGACAAGCACAAGACCGACCUCAACCACGAGAACCUCAAGGGUGGAGACGACCUGGACCCCAACUACGUGAUCAGCAGCCGCGUCCGCACGGGCCGCAGCAUCAAGGGCUUCUCGCUGCCCCCCCACUGCUCCCGCGGGGAGCGCCGGGCCGUGGAGAAACUCGCCGUGGAAGCCCUCAACAGCCUGACGGGAGAGUUCAAGGGGAAAUACUAUCCUCUGAAGAACAUGACAGACAAGGAACAACAGCAGCUCAUCGACGACCACUUCCUAUUUGACAAGCCCGUGUCCCCGCUGCUGCUGGCUUCAGGCAUGGCCCGAGACUGGCCCGAUGCCCGUGGCAUCUGGCACAAUGACAACAAGAGCUUCCUGGUGUGGGUGAACGAGGAGGACCACCUCCGAGUCAUCUCCAUGGAGAAGGGGGGCAACAUGAAGCAGGUUUUCCGCCGCUUCUGCUUGGGGUUGCAGAAGAUUGAGGAGAUCUUCAAGAAAGCCGGCCACCCCUUCAUGUGGAACGAGCACCUGGGCUACGUGCUCACCUGCCCAUCUAACCUGGGCACCGGGCUGCGUGGAGGCGUGCAUGUGAAACUAGCGCACCUGAGCAAGCAUCCCAAAUUCGAGGAAAUCCUCACUCGUCUGCGCCUGCAGAAGCGGGGCACAGGUGGCGUGGACACGGCCGCCGUGGGCUCAGUGUUCGACGUGUCCAACGCCGAUAGGCUGGGCUCGUCGGAGGUAGAACAGGUGCAGCUGGUGGUGGAUGGUGUGAAGCUCAUGGUGGAGAUGGAGAAGAAGCUGGAAAAGGGCCAGUCCAUCGACGACAUGAUCCCCGCCCAGAAGUAGGCGCACUGCCCGCCCGCCGCCGACUGCUGGAGCCCCAGCCAAAGGGAGGACCCGGCCCACCGGAGGCCCGCCCUUCAUCCUUUGCCCCGCCCCUUUCUCCCGGAGUCCCGCCUAUAAAGGUUUAGUCUACCGGGGGCUCUAUCCACCCUCCUUCGAGUUCCAGUUCCAACCAGAGUUCCAACCAAUGGGCUCCAUUCUCUGGGUUCUGGCCAAUGAAUAACCUCCCUUAUGCUCUCCUCUCUUUUUCCCUGAGCUCCGCCCACCAUCAGGCACUCUGGCUAAUGGAGAGCACCCGGGCUCACCUGCGGCUCAUGCUUUUUCUCCGCUCAAAGCAACAAAUAAAAGCAAUGGUGGCCUUA